AUGGAUGGCAGUGGGGACCCGAAAGAGUCGCGAGAGCGUUCACAACCUCGCGCAUCCCCACGAGCGAACACAGCAAGUAUAGCCAAUGCCCAGUCGACACCAAAGAGCAUGAAAAGCACGACACCAAAAAGCAUGAAAAGCACGAGCAGCACUCCUUCUCGCCUGCGCGAACCGACACACGCGACCGCACAUCCAACACACAAAUUUCAUCACAGCCAUUGCGGCGAGAGCCCAGCGAGUAUGAGAACUUCGUCGCGCCUAUCGAGGCAAUCGAGCCAAGAGCCGAGGCAAAGCAAGCCGCCAGUCUCGAACUUUCUGCAUGAAAAGUUGCAACGGGAAAGACAGGCAGAGAGCGAGAGACUGGCAAAGAAGUUGAGUGGGAGUCUGAGCUCUUCGGCCGGCGACGUCCGGGACAGAGAGGCGCAGAACUCACCCAGUAGGAGCAGUGCAGCUGGAACGGGACGGGGGCCCAGGUCGAAUAGUGGUGAUGAGGACUCAAGUCAGCAUGGGAUGGGGGCUAAGCAAAUGGACAAGGCCUUUUCGAAUCUACACAAGCAGAACUUCGAUCUCAAACUGGAGUUGUACCAUCGACGUGAGCGGCAGAGCGCCCUAGAACAGAGAGUCGAGAAGCUCGAGUCCGAACAGCGCGAGACCAACGAGAUGAACGACAAACUGCUUGCCGAGCUGCAAAACAGAGACAAGGCCGUGGAGGAGGCUGUUAACAUGAUUGUCAAACUAGAGGCACGAGUCGAUGCACUGGUUCGAGAGAAGGAGAUGGUACGACAGGUCGAAUUCGGAGGUCCAUACCACCACCCACAAGUCGAUGACGCCGAAGCCGCGAUGGCGGAAACCCCCAGGUUGAACGACUUUGGACUUUGGCCAUCGGUCGGGGAAACUAAGAACCUCGAACGAAUGCCCAGCUUUCUUUCAGAACAGAGUGAACACACUGAAAACCUGAGAAAUGUGGUGCUGCAGAGUCGAAGCAGCUUGAUGCAUCUGCGUAAGGUGUCGGAAUCCAGCGCCGAUCCUAGCGAGUCUCAUCGCUUCGCCAGCCCAAGCCUCAGCAUACUCAGUGAGAGCUCGUUCAAGAGUGUCUAUGGAUCCAAGGAUGGGCAAGAUACAACAGGCUUGCCGACGCUGGACGACCUGGGAGGCAUGAAUGGCAUGGACGGCAGUCAGUUCGACCGGUCUCGUACGCCAACCAGGAAGACGAGCAUGGGAAGUUGGGACAGCCGGAGCAACCUCACUCCGAAUCACGGGAUGAAUGCGGCCGAUAAGACAAGGAACAGUCGUUCGACGCAGCCGCGGUCGUCGAAUGAUAUCUUCAUCGCCGGUUCACCACUUCAACAACUCGACAGGCGCGAGACGAAGGCAUCAGCCACAGAUGUGUCGCCCGCAUCAUCUGGCUCCAACCAAGGUAGAAGAGUGACUACGCCCACUCGGGCUCGAGCAGUGAAGCCACAAACGCAAGCCAGGACUAAGCAGGACAAGAGAGCAGCUUUACAUAAGGUGCUGACCAACUACCCUACCAACAACGAUUUCAACAGUUCACUCACGUUGCCUCCAACUCCUGAUACCGUCUCGUCGUCGUUUUUGCGAACACAUAAGCAUCAUACCAGCUCGCAAGACAGUCUCAUGAAGCAGGUAGAGAUCAUCUCGGCUGACAGCUCGUUCGGGCCGCAAUCGGAUAGAUCUGGGCAUUCCGUGUCGUCAAUCGGCAGGUAUCAAGCCUCGCCACAUUUGGACUCGCAGCUCGCUUCCACGACUGCCUUCUCCAGCCGCAGGCAUGUGCCAGCGCCUGUUGUCAAUUCAGAUUUGUUUUCCGGGUUCGGGCACUUGGCUCAGGCCCUUCCACGACGUCCUCACUCGGCAGCCGAGACAGCUAGCUCUCGGGCCCGAGCUGAUAGCUUUGUCUCGGAUUCGGACUCGGACGGCGGAGUAGAUGCACGUUCCGAGGGCGAGAGUGUUGACUAUUUCAUGCGGGAAAGCUUGAAAGAAGAUGGACGUAAUGUUCAUUCGCAGAGAGAGCGUGGCAAGCGGCGAUCUCCCUCCCCAGAUCUGUUUCACUUCCCUGCAGACGCCGGCGGAUGGGAAACGGACGUCAUUUUUGGCGCAUUGAAAGGCAGCGGGUUUCUUGGCUCGCCCGUGUCGACAUUGAAGCGCGAUCCUAUUGACGACAUGACCUCUUCAUUCGAGGCACGACAAACAGAGACGUUGGAGCCGCCCAUAACGGGACCAGCACCCCCGUGUCCCUCUCGCAGAUCGAGCUUGCAAGCUCGUACCGGGAGCUCUAACGCGGAACCUCUAUUGGGCGGGAAACUUAGGAAGAGUCCUGUCCGGGGUAUAAGCGUGGCUAGAAUAGACACCAGGGGAAGAAGCAACAGCAUCGACUCUGCGGCGCGAAACCCACCGCAUAAGAUGCCUUCGCAGCAGUCAGAGGCCGGAGCAGGGGGCAAGCGAAGCCAAUACCCACCCAUAUCGGGGUUACAGUCAAGAGGACGAAGUCUCGGGCUGAAUACCCUCUUCAGACGAUCUGGGUCUGAAAGUUAUAGUGUUCCCACCAGUGCCACUGAACCAAUAAUCCCACCCAUGGCUACACCUCACUUGCCGCCGCCGCAACAGCAAGCACCAUCACAUCCGUUUGUACCACCAAAGGGUACAAGGCCCACCGGUAGGAGUAGUGUUCCGCCGCCGUUGACCAUGCCAUGGGCUAUGCGGCCGCCGAGAACGUUCGAGGAUGAUUUCAGCAGUGCCACGCCUCCUCCGAUCAUGCGCAACCGUGGACCGCAGCCGGCGGCCUCAGGAGAUAGCAAGGAUCCUAUGAGCCCUGGGAUACCUCAGACACAGGUCGAUAUGAUGACCGGACCGAGUACGCCGACAACGGUGGUAUUUCCUGCCGGUGGGAGCACCGUCACGACAGUAACGGGACCUCCGAGCGCAACGAAGAAACGGUGGUUUGGCCUGGGAAGAAGAGGUAGCCUGAAGGGCUGA